AUGACCCUUGGAUUACCUUGAUUAGUGUGUGGUGUUUAUUUUAAGUGUAAUCCAAGGGUCAUAAAUCUUUCAUGAUCAUUUUUAUGAAAGUUUUUUCAUGAUACCUAACAUUGCUCAAUUCAGUAUUACUUCCAGUGUCUUAGAAACAUAAAGUGCCUCGGGUCAUGGAGCAGACUCAACACAGGUUGAACACGGCUGCAGAGGGAGGAGACAUCAAUGGCUUGUACGAGUGCAUAAGAGAACACCCACAUAUUCUGAAUAAUAUAGAUAACAUCCCUUUUGUUGAUACUCCUUUACACAUAGCCGCAGCUGCUGGAAGUACCGAUUUUGCCUUAGAAAUGAUGAACUUAAAGCCAUCAUUUGGUAGGAAGCUGAACGCAGAUGGGCUAAGUCCCUUGCACUUGGCUUUGCGAAAUCGGCACUUCGAGACUGUGAGACAGCUCAUAAGUUUUGACAAGGAGAUCAUACGCGUCAAAGGAAGGCAGAGCUACACUGCUUUUCACUACGUAGCCCUAAGAAAUGAAUUUGAUUGUUUGGCUGAAUUUUUAUGUGCUUGUCCAGCAGCAAUAGAGGACCAGACAAUUCGAGGCGAGACUGCAUUGCAUAUUGCUGUGAAAAGAUCGAAUUCAAAUUUGUGA